AUGGCUAACAAAGUUAUCGACCACCAGCGACUUUUCCAAGCCUCGUCCAAACCCUUGUGGAUGAGACACCCAAGAUCGGCUUUUUACAUUUACCCAUUCUACGCUUUGUUUGCCGUCGCUGUCGUGGGACCAUUCCUAUACAUCCCAAACACGAUUAAAGGUAUCAAGGACAAGAAAAACUGA